AAGAAAAGACAUAGAAGGCAACAUUACAAAAACAAGGGAAUGAAUAAGCUUUCUGUGAAUGAAAUGAGAGAUCGCUUUCCUUAACCGUAAUCCAUCCGUGAUCUCAUUCGGAGUUCAACCACCUCGCAAAAAUGGCGAAGAGUGAGAGUUGUUGUUCCACUCAGCUUAUUGAUGGAGAUGGCGUAUUCAAUGUUACCGGUAUUGAAAACUUCAUGAAAGAGGUUAACUUACGCGAAUGUGGACUUUCCUAUGCAGUAGUUUCCAUUAUGGGACCACAAAGUAGUGGCAAGAGCACGCUAGUAAAUCAUUUGUUCAAUACCAACUUCAGGGAGAUGGAUGCAUUUAAGGGAAGGUCUCAAACAACCAAAGGAAUUUGGAUGGCUAAAUGUAUUGGCAUAGAGCCUUGUACACUUGUGAUGGAUUUGGAGGGCACAGAUGGAAGAGAACGUGGAGAGGAUGAUACUACAUUUGAAAAGCAGAGUGCACUAUUUGCUUUGGCGUUUUCUGAUAUAGUGCUAAUAAACAUGUGGUGUCAUGACAUUGGCCGUGAGCAAGCUGCAAAUAAGCCGCUUUUGAAAACUGUGUUUGAGGUCAUGAUGAGAUUGUUUAGUCCACGCAAAACAACAUUGUUGUUUGUGAUACGUGAUAAAACAAAGACACCACUUGAAAAUUUAGAUCCUGUUCUGCGAGAAGAUAUUCAGAAGAUAUGGGACUCCGUUCCUAAACCACAGGCUCAUAAGGAAACCCCACUAAGUGAAUUUUUCAAUGUUCAAGUUGUUGCUCUUUCUAGUUUUGAAGAAAAGGAGGAGCAAUUUAGGGAGCAGGUUGCCAACUUGAGGCAGCGAUUCUAUCAUUCUAUUGCUCCUGGUGGGCUUGCGGGGGAUCGAAGGGGAGUAGUUCCUGCUUCAGGCUUUUCAUUUAGUGCUCAACAAAUCUGGAAAGUUAUUAAGGAGAACAAGGAUCUUGACCUUCCUGCACACAAGGUAAUGGUUGCUACUGUAAGAUGUGAAGAAAUUGCCAAUGAAAAAUAUGCCCUUUUCUCUGCAAAUGAGGACUGGUGUCAGUUGGAAGAAGCUGUGAAAUCUGGCCCUGUCUCUGGAUUUGGGAAAAAACUCAAUUCACUCCUUGGUUCUUAUCUUUCAGAGUAUGAUGUUGAAGCCACUUAUUUUGAUGAGGGCGUGAGAACUGCAAAACAAAAGCAGCUUCAAGAAAAAUUGCUGCAACUUGUCCAACCAACAUUCCAAAUUGCACUAGGACAUGUAAGGUCUGGGACUUUGGAUAAGUUCAAGGAAGCAUUUGAAAAGGCUUUGAAUGGAGGGGAUGAGUUUUCUGCUGCUGCUAAUAAUUGCAUAGGGGCUCAUAUGGCUCAGUUUGAUGAAGGAUGUGCAGAUGUUGUUGUUGAAAUGACAAAAUGGGAUACAUCUAAAGUAAGGGAGAAACUGCGGCAUGAUAUUGAUGUACAUGUUGCGUCUGUACGUGCAGCUAAGCUUUCAGAACUUACUUCAUCAUAUGAGGAAAAACUGAAAGAGGCCUUGUCUGGACCUGUUGAAACUCUUCUGGAUGGAGCUAACAGUGAUACUUGGCCAUCAAUAAGGAAGCUUCUUAAUCGUGAGAGUGAAUCAGCUGUUUCUGGGUUCUCUGCUGCACUUACCAGAUUUGAUAUGGAUGAACAAACAAGAAAGAACAUGAUUGUGAGUUUAGAGGAUUAUGCAAAGGGUGUUAUUGAAACAAAGGCUAGGGAAGAAGCUAGCAGAGUUCUAAUCCGUAUGAAGGAUCGGUUUAUGACAUUGUUUAGUCAUGAUUCUGAUUCAAUGCCUCGUAUUUGGACGGGAGACGAAAAUGUUCGAGCCAUUACCAAGAGUGCCCGCGCAGCUUCCAUGAAGUUGCUAUCUGUAAUGGCUGUAAUUCGUUUGGAAGAUGAUGACGAUAAUGAUAUUGUUGAGAAAACGUUGGCAGUUGCACUGGCGGAUUCAUCAAGCAGUUCGGGUAAAGAUAGAAGCAUCAGUGCAGUUGAUCCACUGGCUUCCAGCACUUGGGAACAGGUACCAUCCUCAAAAACAUUGAUUACACCUGUCCAGUGCAAAUCUUUGUGGAGGCAAUUCAAGAUGGAGACAGAAUGUGUUGUCACUCAGGCCAUUUCUGCUCAGGAGGCUAACAAGCGUAGUAACAACUGGUUACCUCCACCAUGGGCGAUUGUUGCUUUGAUUAUUCUGGGAUUUAAUGAAUUUAUGACACUUUUAAGAAAUCCCUUGUACUUAGGUCUCAUCUUUGGUGGUUAUCUUCUCAUUAAGGCCCUAUGGGUGCAGCUUGACGUUGCGGGUGAAUUUCGCCAUGGAGCUCUUCCGGGAAUCUUAUCCUUGUCUAGCAAGUUUUUUCCAACUAUCAUGAACCUUAUCAGAAAACUAUCAGAGGCGGGACAGAGCCCUGCAACUAACAAUCCUCGGAGAAAUCCAUCACAAAGCAAUAGCAAUGUUACUACUGCUGGUAGUGCUAUAUCAUCUAGUACUUCAUCUGAUGCAUUUUCAUCCAACAAAGGAACUGAGUAUACUGCUAGUCCAUCAAAAUAUGAGUAGGUGAAAACUCUUCUGUUGGAGGAUGGUGAUGGUGUCUACUAGGGGCAUGUGACUUUUGAUAGAUUUAUAAUACAUUCAAAGGCAUUGAUUUUUUGUGCAAGUGCCACAUACAAGGGGCUGUGUUUUGUUCCGAGGUACCCCUUGAAAUAGAUAUGAUAUCUCUUUUUUCCAAUUUAAGUUUUUUCAGUUAGUUGGAGAAGCUACAUAAUUUCUAAUGAUUACCCUGGCCUUGCAUUUUGAGAAAUCUCUCUA